UGCUGGUAUAAAAUCUCCCUAUACCCACACACCAGCUCAUAUCUCUCCUUUCGUCUGUCUAUCGACCCAGCGAGACGUCAUCUGUCGCUCUCUUCACCAUGGGGAGAUUCGUUGUCUUAUUCUUCGCAGCUGCAGUUGCAGCCGCCCUCACAGUGCAGGUUGCCGAGGCGAGAGCCCUAAGUCUCCUCCCCGCCCUACUGGACACUUCCUCCACGUCCUCACACCAACAGGCGACGUCUUCUCCAAGACCUAAAGACUUCGACUCUGGGAGCACCCUGUCGCCCACACCCACCUCUGCAGUUCCCCCUUCCUCCUCUGCUCCGAAGGAAUCAAUCGAUUAUUCGACAGAACGACAACCGUACACAGCUCGUAGUUCCACUGACUAUUCGUCUGCUUUGCCGUCUAGCUCAAGUGCUGGCAGUUCCGAAUCCUCCACUGGGCCAUGGUCUAGCACCCCUCCAGGUUUCUCUGGGUCAAGCACUCCCAGAGACUAUGGGUCAUCAAGCACUCCCAGAGACUAUGCGUCAUCAAGCUCUCCCAGGGACUAUGGGUCAUCAAGCUCUCCCGGAGACUAUGGGUCAUCAAGCUCUCCCAGAGACUAUGGGUCAUCAAGCUCUCCCAGAGACUAUGGGUCAUCAAGCUCUCCCAGAGACUAUGGGUCAUCAAGCUCUCCCAGUGACUAUGGGUCAUCAAGCUCUCCCAGAGACUAUGGGUCAAGCUCUUCCACUCCCAGAGACUAUGGGUCAAGCUCUCCCAGACCCUAUGGGUCAAGAAUUAUAAGAGACCUACGGUCGAGCAUUCUCAGAAACUAUGCGUCAUCAAGCUCUCCCAGUUACGAUGGGUCAAGCUAUCCCAGUUACUAUGGGUCAAGCAGUCCCAGUUACGAUGGGUCAAGCUCUUCAAGCUCUCCCAGUUACGAUGGGUCAAGCUCUCCCAGUUACGACGGGUCAAGCUCUUCAAGCUCUCCCAGUUACGAUGGGUCAAGCUCUCCCAGUUACUAUGGAUCAAGCUCUCCUAGUUACGAUGCGUCAAGCUCUCCCACACCCUAUGGGUCAAGCUCUCCCAGUUACGAUGGGUCAAGCUCUUCAAUCUCUCCCUUUUACGAUGGGUCAAGCUCUCCCAGUUACGAUGGGUCAAGCUCUCCCAGUUACGAUGGGUCAAGCUCUCCCAGAUCCUAUGGAUCAAGCUCUCCUAGUUACGAUGGGUCAAGCUCUCCCAGAUCCUAUGGGUCAAGCUCUCCUAGUUACGAUGGAUCAAGCUCUCCCAGUUACGAUGGGUCAAGCUCUCCCAAUUACGAUGGAUCAAGCUCUCCCAGUUACGAUGGGUCAAGCUCUCCCAGACCCUAUGGGUCAAGCUCUCCCAGUUACGAUGCAUCAAGCUCUCCCAGUUACGAUGGGUCAAGCUCUCCCAGUUACGAUGAGUCAAGCAGUCCCAGACCCUAUGGGUCAAGCUCUCCCAGUUACGAUGGGUCAAGCUCUCCCAGUUACGAUGGGUCAAGCUCUUCAAGCUCUCCCAGUUACUAUGGGUCAAGCUCUUCAAGCUCUCCCAGUUACUAUGGGUCAAGCUCUUCCACUCCCAGAGACUAUGGGUCAAGCUCUUCCAGACCCUAUGGGUCAAGAAUUCCAAGAGACCUAUGGUCGAGCAUUCUCAGAAACUAUAGGUCAAGCUCUCCCAGUUACGAUGGGUCAAGCUCUCCCAGUUACGAUGGGUCAAGCUCUCCCAGACCCUAUGGGUCAAGCUCUCCCAGUUACGAUGGGUCAAGCUCUCCCAGUUACGAUGGGUCAAGCUCUCCCAGUUACUAUGAGUCAAGCAGUCCCAGUUACGAUGAGUCAAGCUCUCCCAGUUACUAUGAGUCAAGCAGUCCCAGACCCUAUGGGUCAAGCAGUCCCAGUUACGAUGGGUCAAGCUCUCCCAGUUAUUAUGGGUCAAGCAGUCCCAGUUACGAUGGGUCAAGCUCUUCCAGACCCUAUGGGUCUGGAAUUCCAAGAGACCUAUGGUCGAGCAUUCUCAGAAACUAUAGGUCAAGCUCUCCCAGUUACGAUGGGUCAAGCUCUCCCAGUUACGAUGGGUCAAGCUCUCCCAGUUACGGUGGGUCAAGCUCUCCCAGUGACGAUGAGUCAAGCUCUCCCAGAUCCUAUGGGUCAAGCUCUCCCAGUUACGAUGGGUCAAGCUCUCCCAGUUACGAUGGGUCAAGCUCUCCCAGUUACGAUGCUUUUAGUUCUAGAUCUUCCACACCUUCUAAUUACUAUUCGUCAUCAAUGUCCUCUGAGACGAGUACUCAAAGUAAUUUCGAUUCCUCAUCGGUAUCUUACGAGCCGAAUACUAGAAGCAACUACGAUUCCACAUCAGCCUCUUAUGAGUCGAGUAGUUCCCCAUCGGACACAUUUGAUUCAAGCACUUCCAGUUACGAUUCCUCAACGCCGUCCUAUGAAUCGAGUAGCUCCAAUUACGAUUCCUCAUCCGUGUCCCAAGAACCGAGUACUCAAAAUAAUUACGAUUCCUCAACAGCGUCCUAUGAAUCGAGUAGCCCUAGUGAGGUUUCCACAUCCGUGUCUUAUGAACCAAGCACUUCUAAUUACGAUUCCUCAUCAGUAUCCUACGAGCCGAGUACUCAAAGUAACUACGAUUCUUCAUCCGUGUCCUAUGAAUCGAGUACUCAAAGUAAUCACGAUUCCUCAACAGGGUCACCUGAGCCAAGCACUCAAAGUAACUAGAUCUAGGUUAAAAUUCUUCUUCAGCAUCCGAUUAGUGAAAUGCUCCCAUUUACUAUAUUAUUAUUAUAAUAAAUAUUCUCAUUACCUCCUUUUUAG